AAAGAAGAAUAGAAUAAUAGAAAAAACACAUGGCUAAACCAAAGUAUAUUCUUCUUGUAAGACAUGGAGAAUCAGAAGGAAAUUGUGACAAAUCUGUCAAUAGAUUUACACCAAAUCAUAAGGUUCCAUUAACUCAAAGAGGUCAUGAACAAGCAGAACAAGCAGGACAAGUUCUAAAGCAUUUUCUUGAACAAAAAUGCUUUGAAGGAAAUAAACGGUCAGUUCUUUUCUAUACCUCUCCAUAUCUUCGAGCACGAGAAACCUGUCGAGAUAUAAUAUCAGGAAUAGAAGAUGUAGAAGGAAUAUCACAUUCUACGUUAGAAGAGCCUAGACUAAGAGAACAAGAUUUUGGGAACUUCCAAAGUACUCCAGAAGAAAUGGAGGAGAUUUGGCAAGAAAGAGCACAUUAUGGACAUUUUUUUUAUAGAAUUCCUCAUGGGGAAAGUGCCGCUGAUGUGUAUGAUAGAGUAGCACUGUUCAAUGAAACUUUAUAUAGACAGUUCCAACAAGAUGACUUCCCCAACGUGUUGGUUCUUGUUACCCAUGGGAUUUGGGCAAGAGUGUUUUUGAUGAAAUGGUUUAGAUGGAGUUAUGAGGAAUUUGAACUGUUGAGAAACAUUCCUCAUUGUCAAUAUUUAAUCAUGAAGAAAAUGGAUGAAACAAAUAAAUUUUGUCUUAAGACACCUUUAAUGACCUGGGAUGAUUUACCCGAUGAUGAGGUCGAUGAAGAGGUCACACGAGAGACCCGUGACGAAGUUUGUUUCAAUCUGAAGAACAAGUUGGCCAAUCCGCAAGAUAUGGACAUAGAUGGGAUUAUCCGAGCACAACAGGAUGUGAUUCGGAAUCAACGGAUCAAGGAUAAGUUGAUCAAAGAGCAAUUUGAAAAGGGAAGAAUAAAUCCGGGUAGGUUUGAAAUGGAAAACCAAAGUGCAGUUCAAAGUUUAGAGAAUGUUGGAGACAAUUGUCAUAUUGAUAGUAAUGGGAGAUAA